AACGCAAGGUUCUCCAGAUAGCGUUUACGUGUCGAAGCGGCAGCAGGCAGCGAAAGCAAGUUCUCGGUGAUCUACACGCUUUUCGAAUGGUCAACGGUCGUCGGUUCUUUUAACUGUCUCGGUGAUUUGGAUCCGCAAUUACAUCAUUGCUUGCACGCUGUGAGCUCACCUGGUGAAAUAUGUGAAAAGAAUGUGCCAUACUUUCAGCGGGAGCGCAGGCGAGAAAUUGUUUGCUGCAAAUUUCGUAACAUUUCGUUGCAAAUUUUACACUGAUUUCGCGUGUCAUAAUUUAAACGCAUGGUCAGUUCUGGGUGUUGCGAUCGACAAAUUAUAGAACCGUUUUCGGGUAACUUAUGGUAUUUGCUCUUUUCAAGUAAUCGGAAUUUGAUAAUAGUGUUAUCUGACUGAACUGACCGGGGACGUACAAAAAGGCGCGCUUUGUGACAAUACAAACCGGUCGGUGUGUGGAAACGAAGAAUUACUUAAGAAUAUUGGUGAGUUGGCUAUCGUUGACAAACAGUGAAAGAGGUGUGAAUUGAUUUCGAAGCCGGUCCUUAGAAUGACACCGUUGAUCAUUGUACUACUGUUGAUAAGAGGUGACUCGGCAUUGCCAGAGCUAAAGGAAGGGAGUGGCGACUACGAAGCGAUAGAUUCGGCACAUUUACCUUCUUCCCGUCCAAUUCCUUCGGAUGACGAGGUGCUGGAUCCUAUCCUUUCCGAGGAUGGUCUUUAUCCGGAGGACGAUGAUGAUUACGGCAUCUAUUCGGAGGAAACCAAUUUGACGGCCAGAGUUCCCACUGAUCAUGUCGUCGGGGAUAGAAAAAACACCAGCGGCUCUAGCCAAGGGUCGGUGGUGGAAGAUGGAUCGGAUCAGUUAGAUUUGCUAGAAUCAUUCGACGUUAGCUUGGGACCGUCAGAACCCACAAACGGCACGCUCGAUCCCUUGCUGCUGGAUAUCGGGAUAAGAAAAGUUGCUCCGGAAGAAUUACCAAAGGAUUGCAGUAAUUACCAGAAAUUAUCAGCGCAGCCACGCUUCACGAAUGCCACCUUCAACGUUAUCAGAAAGUGCUGCCCACGGGGAGAAAGCUUCCAGAUGGGCGAUAAAAGUCACCAUGCCGCGCAGUGUAAGCCCGGCGAACCGUGGGGUCCGUUCCAGGUGCAUGCGAUUAGUGCCCAGUUCUACGAUGGAUGCAUCGAAGAUUUGGAAGAACCCUCGCUCGGUUUGGGGUUGAUCUACGGGAAUCCGUGUGCCGUCGAGGGUGGCCUGGUCCGAUUCGGCGAAGAUACUAGGGAUGAUUUGUUUGUGAUACAGAACGGAUCGUUGCUAGUGAUCAACGAGCUGGUGGAGGAAUUUGACAUUUACCACGGCUACUGUUUAGAUGUGGAUCGAAAGAGUGGAUCGCUGAAUGCGUACGUGUGUCCCUCGGAGAUACGAAUCGGAGGGGAUAUCUUCAAGGGCCAGAUGGUGGCGUUGGCAUUAUGUUUGAUUUUUGCCAUCCCGCUACUGCUGGCGACAGCUUACUUCUAUGUCGAGAUUCCGGAGUUUGACGAUAUCCACGGGAAGGCACUGUCGCUGAAUUGCAUCAACUUUGCUAUCGCUUUGCUGUUGGAGAGCAUCUUUCAGCAUAAGAGCAAAGGUCACGGUUCCACUGACGACACGAUUGUGCUUGCCAAUUAUGCUGAGUAUUUUAUUCUGGCCACGUUCUUCUGGCUGCUGGUGAAUUGCAUGAAUAACUGCAUUCAUGCUUGGUAUUUUCUACCGAAAGGAAUUCAGAUUCAUAUGGGUGGCGAAAAGCGGACGUUUGCCCUAUAUGCUGCUUUUGCACAACUGGUUCCAUUGACUAUCAUUUUGCUGAAUCCACCAAACGGGGAUCCUGCCGGUUUAAAGCACUACUUCUUUAUUCCAAUCAUCGUCAUAAUUGUGCUGAACAUGCUCAGCUUUAUCAUCACGUUCUGGGGUUUCGAGCGGGUCAGCGACAUUCUGAUUCAGCACUAUAUUCUCCGGGGUCGGCUCAGUACCGGUGGCGAGGCAGCGGAUGCCGUUCUGGCACAGCUUCCCGACAUUCGGGCGGCGGAUGUCGAAAGAGUCAAAUAUAUGACCAAAUACACCGCCAUGCUGUUUGUGGUAAUGGCCGGCGUUUGGAGCAUCACUAUUGGCACCUACUACAGUACGAGGACAAUCCCGAUUCUGUAUGAUAUCCUGUUUGGACUGCAGGGAAUUCUUAUCUUCAUCAUUUUCAUCUGCCUGCCGAGACCAUUUCGAACGGUGAAGGCAUGGUUCCAGCAGAAGCAAAUCUGUGGCUGCCGGGAGGAUCCGGAUGCCGUCAAUCUGAGGAGGCGGACAACCUACCGGUCGAAGAAUGGAACCAGAGAAGUGGUUCCGUUAAAUAAUGUGACAUCGUCGUAAAUAGAAUAGGUUUUGAAAGUGCGAAGCUUUCUUCUUAACUGUCGUUCGAAUUUCAGUAUUUAGCUGUAAGGCCAGUAAAUGUAAUAUUAUUACAAAUCGAUGUAAGAUAGUUACCAGUAAUAGUCGUAAGACAAACGAAUGGAGUAAUUGAUGGAUCCGCAACUUAGAUUCCUAAUUUGGCUUAUCUAUAGUAACAGCGAAGUUCUCAUAGGACACGGAAAAUUGCACAAGUAAAAUUGUGCUCUAAAAAGUUGCCUUUUACUGUAUUCUAUUGAAACUUGUAGGAAAAGAAUCAAUCAAAGGAAGUAAUCAAUAAGUUAUGAUUUGUGUAA